GUCGGACAUCACUAUGAUUUCAUAGGAGAGUUGAGAAGCAUCAUGGCGGAUACACACAGCAGCAAUAACCAUGUUCCGGUUUUAUUCUCAUUCUCUGUGUUCUCACGGCCCUCGUCUGUGCCCGUGGGUUCUGGAUAUGAAGUGCUCAUCCAGAAGUUUCUGUCCAUUUACGGAUAUCAGAUAGAUGUUCAUCGUAAAUUGGUGCUUCAGUAUUUCUCGGAGGAAUGGGGUCAGUACAUUGAUUUACCGAAGGGAUUCGUGAUCUCAGAGAAAUGUCGGCUGAGAUUAGUACCUCUGCAGAUGGAUAUCGCGACUUUGGGAAACCUCUCGCCGGCCACCACGGUUUUCUUCUGCUGUGACAUGCAGGAGAGAUUCAGACCUGCCAUCAAAUACUUCGGUGACAUCAUCAGUGUGGGCCAGAGGCUGCUGCAGGGGGCUCGUAUUCUGGGUAUUCCUGUCGUGGUGUCGGAGCAGUACCCUAAAGGUCUGGGCAGCACGGUGCAGGAAAUGGAUCUGACUGGGGCGAAAUUAGUUUUUCCUAAAACAAAGUUUUCCAUGGUACUUCCGGAGGUGGAGGCAGCCCUGGCUGAGAUUCCAGGAGUCCGCAGUGUUGUGCUUUUCGGAGUUGAGACACACGUGUGCAUUCAGCAGACCGCUCUAGACCUCAUUGGAAGAGGUUUUGAAGUUCACAUUGUUGCUGAUGCCACAUCCUCGAGAAGCAUGAUGGACAGGAUGUUUGCACUAGAGCGGCUGGCGCGCACUGGAAUCAUCAUCACCACCAGUGAGUCUGUUCUGCUGCAGCUCGUGGCGGAUAAAGAACAUCCAAAGUUCAAAGAAAUCCAGAACAUCAUUAAAGCCAGCGCUCCAGAGUCAGGCUUACUGUCCAAGGUCUAAACACUGUCAAAUGAAAGCUUCCUCUAAACUUCAAUGAUGAGCAUGUCAUAUUGUUAAUAUUGAUGAAUUUUUCUCAGAACACACACAUCGGAACAUUUCACUGAAAUCUGCUGAAAUACUCACCAGCACACGUGCAAGUAUUAAAAACGGUACAGCUUUUCAUUCUCACAGGCAGUUAGUUAUAUUUGACGUGCGUAAUUUAGGCUAAAGUCAUGCGAUCCAAAAUGUAUUUUUAGAUGUCUGUUGUAUCAGAGCAAAAGAUCUGACCUGGAUGCAUCCGUCUGUAUUAGUGAAUUGGUGUCUCUAUCUAGAUGAGCAGAAGAGUCUAAAUAAAUGCAGCACGGUUGGCAAACAGGUGUUUUAUGUUACUGCAAACACAUGCUCUGAAUGUAUAGAGUAUAAUCAGUGCAAUGAUGUAAUUAGAGGCUAUUGACAAAGUUUAUUCUGUAGCUUUAGUUUUUGUGGAUUUUUAGAUAUUUGAGCCCAUGAAUGACCUAGCAUUGUCCUUGACUUUGUAGGGCUAUAUAACCAGUGGAAAGCAUUCAUUUAGAAUGCUUGUGUCUCAUCCCUUCUUGUUUAUUAAGAGUUACUGUAUUUUAAACCUGCAUUUUUCAUAAGUAUGGUGUAUGAACUACCUCUCAUCUAAAUGUGCUGGUUCCUGGUACAGCUCAGACAAGUUACUCAAAUCAGUUGAUUUUCUCUUUAAACUGUCAAAUAUUCAUAUAGAUCAACACCUUUACCAAAAAGCUGAAGCUUUUUCAGUGGAAGUAGAAAAUUAUUUUUUUAAAACUUGCUGUUACAGAGUCAUUUUCAAGAGCGAGACCAUCAAGUUUGCAUACAGUUCUGCGUGUUUCUUGAAUGUGACAUGUUUGUGUAGACCUGUGGGCAGUUUUUACCCUAUUGUUUGGUUUGAUUUAAUUUAUUGCCCAAACCCUAUAGACUGCACUAGCCCUAAAGUUGGUUGUUUUUUAACUUAGUUUGAUUUAUUGGGUUUUUUGUGUGUGUGUUUGAGUGUGUAAUUGUGCUGAAAUCAGCCUCCAUUUUGUUGUGUACAUGUAUAUUGGGAGAAAAAUAUGUAUUUGGUGCCUAUUGAUUAUUAACAGUCGCUACUGAUUGUACUUACCGCAGAUACAUUUUUUUGUGCACUUUGUAGCAUUACAGUUCCAAACACGUUUUUGUAUCUGCUCUAUAUUUAUCUGAUAUAAAUAAAUGUUUAUAUGCACAAAG